AUGGCUUCUGAAAAAUAUGAUGUCUUGUUCGUUCGCCUUAACGAAAGAUACUACCCCGCUUGGGCAUUCCAAUUCGAGAUUUUUGUCACCAGAAAAGAUUUGUGGGGUCAUGUUGAUGGCAACACUCCCGCUCCUGACAAAGACAAAGAUAAGGUCGCUCAUGCUAAGUGGGCCGUCAAAGAUGCUCAAGUCAUGGCCUGGAUCCUAAGUUCCGUGGAUUUGAACAUUGUCCUGAAUCUUCGUCCUUACAAGACUGCAAGCACAAUGUGGUCCUACCUGAAGAAAAUUUAUAGUCAAAAUAAUGCAGCUCGUCGAUUCCAACUUGAGCACAACAUCGCUAAUUUUAAACAUCAUAGUCUCUCCAUCGCUGAUUUUUACUCUCAGUUCAUGAACCUUUGGGCUAAAUACACUGAUAUAGUUUAUGCAAACUUGCCUUCCGAAGGUCUCAGUUCCGUACAAACAAUUCAUGAGAUUACUAAACGUGACCAAUUUCUUAUGAAAUUGCGAUCUGAAUUUGAAGGUAUCCGGUCCAAUCUCAUGCAUAGAGAUCCUGUCCCAUCGUUGGAUGCAUGUCUUAAUGAGUUGUUACGUGAAGAACAACGUCUUCUUACACAGUCCAUCAUUGAAGAUCAAAGACUGUCUACUGUUCCAGUCGCAUACGUGGCACAAGGGAAGUCUCGACGCCAUGACAUGAGUACUAUUCAAUGCUUUAGUUGGAAGCGAUUUGACCAUUAUGCUUCAACCUGUCCGAAAAAAUUUUGCAACUAUUGUAAAAGGGAUGGUCAUAUUAUUAAGGAAUGCCCAAUAAGGCCACCACGAUGA